UAGCACUCAGUCACAUCGCCUUUCAACACGGACAAUCGCACAGAGACGCCCCUUCUCCUUAAAAUAAAAAAAUCUAGAGAAAAAGGGAGAAAAGACAGGGAUCCCGAAAUAUAUAAGUCUUUUGCGCCGAGACAGACGGUCGCCAUUUAAGUCACGAGAGAGAGAGGACGAAGUGCGAGAAGUUCCCUAGAGAGAAAAAGGGAGGAUUUUGAGCUGAAAAGAGGCGUCGAAAUGGCUGGACUUACCUUUGAGAGGUUUUCUCGGGGUCUGACGGAGAACCUAGAGGCUCCAGUAAGGACACACUUGAAAAAUGUUUAUGCUACUUUCACCCUAGCUACCAUAGCAGCAACUGCUGGUGGCUAUGCCCACAUGUUCAGCACACUCAUUGGUGCUGGUCUCCUCACUGGUCUGGGUGCCAUUGGGGCACUCAUAUGGCUCACGAUCACACCAUACGAUGGCAAGAACCAGCUGCAGCGACUUUCUCUUCUUGGCGCCUUUGCCUUCCUGACUGGCUGUAACCUUGGCCCCUUGCUGAAUCUGGCUGUGAUGGUCAACCCCACUCUGGUAUUGCAAGCUCUGCUCGGCACAAGUGUGGUAUUUGCCUGCUUCUCCCUGUCAGCUCUCUAUGCUCCUCGUGGCCAUUACCUCUACCUUGGAGGUACACUGAUGUCAGCCUUGUCCACUCUCUUCUGGCUCUCCAUGCUGAACUUCUUCUUUGGCUCUCGACUCCUCUUCCAGGUGAAUUUGUACAUCGGGCUUGCAGUCAUGUGUGGCUUCAUAGUUUACGACACUCAGCUCAUUGUUGAGAAAGCACGACGAGGGGACAAGGACUAUGUGAUGCACAGUGUUGAGCUGUUCAUUGACUUUGUUGCAGUGUUCAAGCGCCUUCUCAUUAUCCUCACAGACAAGGAGGCACAGAGCAAGAGGAAGAACCGUGAUUAAGAAAGAUGCCACAGAUGUAGUUUAGAAGAUACGGUAUCCAAGGUUCCAAAUUUUUGAUUGGGCGGGAGGGGGGAGGGGGAAUGGAUAUGAAACAAAAGUUGUAUAAGAAUUGGCAGACCCUAAAAAUAGUGUUCAUAUGCAUAGGUAUUAGGUCUUUCUAAAGGUUUCAUAAAUAUCACAUUUUAUUUGAAAAGGAGUUGUGAUUGAUAUACUGCAAGAGGCAUGUGUUAAACAACAUUUAGUGCAUCAUGAGAGCUUGUAA